GCCUCCUCAAUAAAAGAUGCUAGCUGUCGACUUCAAGGUGAAUUAACUGCCUGGUACCAGCCGCCCCAAACUCGACGUCGCAACACUCCAAGGUCGAUUUAAUGCGUGUCCACACGAUAGCAUCCGCACUCCCAUCAGAGCGAUCAACGUAUAUCGUAUCGAGGUCUCCCUCAUCUACACCAGUGGUCUCUUGAAGACCCGCGCUGCGCCGCCAUGUUGUCGCAUGUCGCUGGCGGAGCCUUUGCGCUCCUCCGGCGAGUCGGAGAAGAGGCAGAUCCAGAGGAAGGAGGAGACUCGUCGCAGCAGGAGGUCUUCUCGUCAUGGGCCCUCUUUAUAUCCAUCGCCCUGCUCAUCAUCUCCUUCUUCACGAGCUACAUAUUGCAGCAGAAGAAAGUGCAGGCAGUCCACGAGACCGUCAUCUCUAUCUUUGCGGGCAUGACGGUAGGUUUGAUCCUCCGUGUGACCGUAGGCACCAACAUCCGGCAGCUCGUGAGCUUCGACUUCCAGAUCUUCUUCAACCUACUCCUGCCGCCCAUCAUCCUGAACUCCGGAUAUGAGCUGCAUCAAGCGAACUUCUUCCGGAACAUCGGCACCAUCCUGACUUUCGCCUUCGCCGGGACUUUCUUGUCGGCCGUUGUCAUAGGCACGCUUCUCUGGUUGUACACGCGGAUACCCCUCGAGGGGCUUGAUAUGAGCUUCGUCGACGCCAUUUCAGUCGGUGCGACAUUGUCCGCGACAGAUCCCGUUACCAUAUUGGCAAUCUUCAACACGUACAAGGUCGAUCCGAAGCUAUAUACCAUCAUCUUUGGCGAGUCUAUUCUCAAUGACGCCAUCGCUAUCGUCAUCUUCGAGACUGCUCAGAAGUAUAAGAGCGGAGCGGCUGGCACGUAUGGGCUGUUCAGCUUUUUCGAGGGUGUGGGCAUCUUCCUGCUCACGUUCUUCGUCAGCUUGCUCAUUGGUGUCAUGGUCGGUGUCGGGACUGCACUCGUCCUGAAGUUCACCUAUGUCAGAAGGUACCCCCAGAUUGAAAGCUGUUUGAUCGUGUUGAUCGCAUAUGCAAGCUACUUCUUCUCUCAAGCCAUUAAAAUGUCUGGAAUUGUGUCCUUGCUCUUCUGUGGAAUAACACUGAAGCAUUACGCGUACUUUAACAUGUCGCGACGGUCACAGCUCAGCACAAAGUACAUCUUCCAAGUGCUAGCCCAGCUAUCGGAAAACUUUAUUUUCAUCUACUUGGGGUUGACGCUCUUCUCGGACACCGAUCUUCAAUUCCAGCCACUUCUGAUUAUGGUUACUGUCAUGGCAGUCUGUGCGGCAAGAUGGGUCGCUGUGUUCCCUCUUUCCAGGGCCAUCAACUGGUUCAUUCGCUACCGGGCACGUCGCAGAGGCAGGGAAGUCAAUGAUGAAUUGCCCUACAACUACCAGGCCAUGCUAUUCUGGGCCGGGCUUCGUGGAGCCGUCGGUGUAGCACUGGCGGCACUUUUGACGGGUGAAAAUCAGUACGCGCUGAAGGCCACAGUGCUAGUGGUAGUCGUAUUGACCGUCAUCAUCUUUGGCGGUACUACAGCACGAAUGCUGGAAAUCUUGGGGAUACGAACUGGGGUCGUAGAAGAGGUCGACAGCGACGACGAGUUCGACAUCGAAGCCGUACCCGGUGGAUCGUACUACAAGCGGUCUGGCUCUGGCAUUGGAUACAACCCGCGUAGAGAGGGGUCUGUGGCUCUCAAUCAUCUGGACGUUGCAAACGGAAAGCGGGAUGGACCAGAGCGCGGAAGUUAUGUGUCUGGGCAUCACUCCCCAGCUGGCGCUUCACGUCCCACCAACCUUCCAAGAAGAAGUUCGAGGGCCGCUCAGACAUCUAGAGACGAGUUUGAAAGGAAUGAUAUCUUGGCCCAAAAUGGCAAUAUGACGGACUCGGAUCUUGGCAGCGAUAUCGACACUUCAGAUCUGCCACCACCAGCACGCCAGUCGCCGCGGAGGAGGUCCAGCCCUCUACUCACGCCAAGCGGCUCGUCCCAAGAAGAGGACAUCUUCUCGUAUCCAACCUCGGGCCAGAGAGAGCAGGGGCCCGUGUCAGCUUCGGCGGCCAUCAAGCAGCUGUUCACCGCGCAGGAUCCGCAGGCAUUGUUCAGGCAGCUCGACGAGGACUACAUCAAGCCCCAUCUGCUCGUGGAUGGAUCUGCCGGCGAUCCUCGCGGGCGUAUGCAUGGCGACGAUGCGGCAGGUCCGAGUUAAAAUAGGGAAGGGGUUAUAGAAAAGUCGUUUGUACGAUCGUCCAGAUGGAAGAUAUACCUGGUAGACAAAGAUCUAGGGCAUGGGAUGGCGUUAUGGACAAUGUAUUUCGAGCGAGUAGCCACAUAUUUGUUACUAUAGAAGCCGGGUCAUCAUCUUGCCGCCUUUAUUUACUUUGCGAGAAAUGUGCC